AUGGCCUCCGGCUCGUCGAGCUCCCGCAAAUCGUUGCCCGCACCUGAUGGCGUCUCUCUGCUGCUCUCCCACUUGGUGCCUGACGGUGGCGGUGGCGAGAAGACGAGGGUGGCCGAGGACAAGACCCAGAGCGCCCGGACCUCCUCCCUGCUUGCCCCCUUGUCGCAGGGCGGCUACAUUGACAUUGUCACCAUCACGCAUGCCGAGCGGAUGGAUACGGUGUUCCCCGCCUGGCUGCGACUGGCCUACCGCGGCGGCGGCGAGCUGUACACCCCGUGGGACCUGAACAUGCCCGCGUCGAUCCCGAGGCGCCCGGUGGCGCACUAUCGCGGUGAUCCUCCGAUUACCGUCCACGGCGCCACCACCGCCGGGCUGCUGGGAUGCGGGCUGAGAAAAUCGAUCGUGGUGGUGGGCAACCCGGGCGCGAUCAUCUACUCGCGUGGCCAGGGCCCGCGCGCCGCCGAGAAGCUGUGGAAGCUGUGCGAAGGCGUCGAGCCCCUCUCCGUCCACGCCAUCCGUGUCGGCAACAACAAAGUGCUCGAAGGCCAGCUGAGGCUGCUCCCGUUGACGCCCACCGUCUUCAAGGCGCGCGAGGUCGAGCGCCUCGCCAAGAAGGCCAAGGAU